UACCCCGAACAGAUCACCAUGCGUUUCAUCGUCCUUGCUCUACUUGUUGCCGCAGCUAGUGCUGCAAAGCUCGUUCCCUUGUACAGAGCACGGGAUGUAGUAAAAAACAGGUACAUCUUGAAAGUUAAGGAGGGUGUAGAUCUUGACAGUGUUGCUGCUAAACUGCCUGGUAUGGGUAUUGGAAUCAAAAUUAGAUACAGUCAUGGUUUUGCAAUCGAGGCACAAGAGAAGAACAUUAACCAGUUGAGAACCAUGGAUGAGUUUGAGUACAUUGAGGAAGACGGUAUCUACAAAAUUGAUGUUGAAUGGGGUUGUGAUCGUACCGACCAAAGAAAUCUUCCUCUCAAUGGAGUUGCGAAUUUCAAUGGUGACGGCUCUGGCACACAUGUAUACAUAAUUGAUACUGGUCUACGUCAUACCCAUGUUGAAUUUGGAGGGCGCGCAAGUUUCUUCUUCGAUUUUGAACCUCUAAAUCAGGGAGAUGAUUGUAACGGCCAUGGCACCCAUUGUGGCGGUACAUCGGUUGGAAUUGACGUCGGUAUUGCCCCUGCAGCCUCCGUGUACAGCGUCCGAGUAAUGAACUGCAAUGGCAUCGGUUUAACUACCAACAUUGUUGACGGAAUUGACGCUGUUGCUAAUGGUGGCACCAUGCCUGGUGCAGCCAACUUGUCUCUUGGUGGAGGUCCCAGUCCUGCUAUGGAUGACGCCACGACACGUUUAACUGAAGCCGGGUAUACUACCGCUGUUGCUGCUGGAAAUAGUAAUGAGGAUGCAUGCGACGGAUCCCCGUCGAGAGAGUCAACGAGCAUAACUGUUGGUGCUACAACAGACCAAGACGCACGUUCAAGCUUUUCAAACUAUGGCACAUGUCUUGAAAUUUUUGCUCCUGGAAGCAGUGUAAGAAGUUCGUACAACACCUGUGACAGUUGUUACGCAACACUUAGUGGUACAUCGAUGGCUGCCCCACACGUCUGUGGUGUCGCCGCUGUACUGUUGUCAGGGGACCAGUGUACCGACAAUACAAGUUGCAGAACCAGAAUUGAGGCAGAUGCUACCGAGGAUGUUGUCUCGGACCCCGGUAUUGGCUCCCCCAAUAAGUUGCUAUACUGCGACUAAAAUGUUUCUUGGACUAUUCCUUGCAAACACCCGCAAAAACCGCCUGUAAUCGUAUGAAAAUUUGUGUUCUUGUAUUCAGUUUAUCUGGACAAUAAAUGAUUCUAAAAUGUUAACUGAA